GCGACAGAUGUCGCCAUUAGUUUCAUUCAAACAUUAAUUCAUUCAAAACAAUGCUUUCAUGUCUCGUAACGGGCGGUCAUUCGGGUCUCGGACGCGCCGUUUGUCAACGUUUCGCUCGCGCCGGACAUCGGGUUGUGUCUCUUGAUCUGAUGACUGAAGACAAAACCGAAGACAAUGUCCAACACAUCCGUGGCGAUGUCCGCAACGAAGCGGACGUUCAGAAAGCGAUUUCUCGAUUACCGAAAAUCGAUUGUUUGGUUUCGUGUUCGGGAGUGGCCAACGCCUUCAAGAUCUUUAACUUCGAGUCGAAAAGACCGCAAAGACUCGAAGAUUUCAAAACUCUUUUGGAAAUCAAUGUUUUCGGAACUUUCAAUGUCUUGAGACUCGUCGCCCACAAAAUGGCUCAAAACCAAACGGAUCCAAACGGACAAAGAGGUUCUAUUAUUCUGACAUCUUCUAUUCUGGCCACAGAUGCUCACGAAGGUCAGACCGGAACUGCUGCUUCUUCAGCCGCUCUCAACUCGAUGACUCUUCCGUUGGCACGUGAUCUCAAAGACGUUGGAAUUCGCGUCAACACAAUAGCCGUCGGGUUUUUCGCGACGCCUUUAGUCGAAAGAAGCGAAUCUCAAGAACUGUUGUCUUUCAUUCGAUUGGCGACUCCGUGUCCUUCAAGACUGGGAGAUCCGGAAGAAUUCGCUCAUUUGGCCGAAAGAUUGAUCCGAAAUCCGAUGAUAAACGGAUCGAUCAUUCGAUUGGACGGCGCGUGUCGUUGGCCUGAAAGGGGAUAACAAUUAAAUACAAUUAAAUAGAAUUCGAUUUAUUGUUUGUUUUUUCGUUCGAU